CAAUAUGACCCGACCGCUAGCGGAAGUAAUUGUCUCCUAGCAGCAAAAGCUAGGCGAACAAAUGUUUCCUUUUUUAAUGUGAAAUGUCCCAGCUGACUCGGCUUUCCAAGCACAUUUAAACGCAUCCUUAAAGCUACCGGGAUUUUACCGUUUUUGUGACGUUUUCUUUUCCUUUAGUUUUAUCUGAAUUUCCCCCGAUAGCAGCAGAAGCUCCAAACGUUAGCUUAGCCUGUUAGCUCGAAGCAGACAGUCAGGACCGAGGAACACAGGGAGUCAGACACUUUGAUGGAGAACAGAUUGUGUUUCUGAUGGGGUUUAAAGAGAGAAAUGUUCCUGCUGUGAUUAUGUGAAAACCUCAGAAGUUGGAGAAAAGACAACAGCAAUGGAGGAACCAACACACAGCGAGCAGAUGAGCUCUCAGUUUGAUGAUGUCCAGCAGCUGUUGGUGAUCAAAGAGGAGCUUCCUGGUGAGGAGCAGAACUGGAGUCCCAGUCUGGACCAGUAUCCCCCACAGAUUAAAGAAGAACAGGAGGAGAGUGAGAUCACCGAGUCCACAUUCAAUCCUCUUCCUGUGAAGAGCGAAGAUGAUGAAGAGAAGCCUCAGCCAUCAGAGCUUAAUCACAGCCAAACUGAGGAGAACAGAGACUUUGUCGCACCAGAACGAGAUCAAUAUGUAGAAUCUGAUGGUGAAGAUAAAACUUCAGAGUCUUCGGAGACGGAUGUGAGUGAUGGAAACUGGGAGGAGAGCAGUGAAGCUCAGUCAGGUUUGGGGUCUCGGACAAAAAAGGAUCCUGUUUGUGAGAGAGGGAAAAAGUCACACCGCUGCUCUGAGUGUAGUAAAACCUUCAGUUGCAGGCGAUACUUGUUAGAACACAACAGAAUCCACACAGGAGAAAAACCCUUCAGCUGCUCCAUCUGUGACAGAACCUUUACAUGGAAACAAUGUUUGACACUUCACAUGAGAACGCACAGCGAAGAAAAACCUUUCAGCUGCUCCGUCUGUAGCAAAGCUUUUACUUCGAAAGCAAAUUUAAAAGAACACACAAAAGUCCACACUCGGCACAGACCUUGCAGAUGUCCUGUCUGUGACGCAGCUUUCAAAAGGAAGAACAAUUUAAUAGAGCACAUAAGAAUCCACACUGGAGAGAAGCCUUACAGCUGCCCUGUCUGUAGCAAAGCUUUUACUUCUAAAGGAAACUUACAAAAACAUACAAAAAUACAUGCAGAGGAAAGACCUUACAUAUGUUCUGUGUGCAAUGCAGGUUUUAAAAGUAAAAACACUUUAGUAGAACACACAAGAACCCACACAGGGGAAAGGCCGUUCAGCUGCUCGGUCUGCAGCCGAAGCUUUAGUUGUAGGUCACACCUAACUUUCCACAUAAGAGGUCAUACUGAAGAAAAACCUUACAGCUGCUCUAUCUGUAAGGCGGCUUUCAAGAGGAAACGCACUUUAGUGGAACACACAAGAACCCACACUGGGGAGAAGCCUUAUAGCUGCUCGGUCUGUGGCAAGAGCUUUGCUCACUCUUUAAGUCUAACUUGUCACAUGAGACGUCACACAGGAGAAAAACCGUACAGCUGCUCCGUCUGUAAGGUGUCUUACAUGUGGAAAAGUGCAUUUGUGAAACACACAAAAACCCAUACAGGUGAAUAACCUUUCAGCUCCACAGACUGUGGUUGAAGCUUCAUUCAGCUACCGUUUCCAGAACAGAUUUUUAAAUCGAACUUCACUGCAGCACAUCAAAAGUGAAGCUGCGGAAAAACGACGAAUGACGACCAGAUUCGAUUCCACAUAUUUGGAUAUGAACUAUAAAACGUCUUGAGAUGCCAUUUUUGUGAAUUGAUGCUUUAUUAAUAAACUGAAUUAAUGGACUGUAGAGAAGUGGUUCAAAGUUAUGUUCUCUGAUGAAUCCUCCUAAUUGUUUGCUGCAUCUGGAAAAUGAUGUCCUGAGAAGGAUGCCACAGGUUCUCAGUCAUGCCAAUGAUGAAGCAUCCUGAUACAAUCCGUCAUUGACUGCCUAUGAACAUGCUGGAUUUUGAGUCAACAUUAAAAUUAACUCGGCACUUAAAAAGAGCACAAGUUAAGUGUCUGAAUUUGUUUAGAUUAUUUAUGUGUAAAAUAUAAAAAGAGGCAAUGGGCAGACAACAGAUCUGUUUUUUUAACCCCUAAAAUCAGAUACUUUAUAUUUAGAUACAUAUCUUAAAGGCUUAAAAUAUAGUUAAUGUCAUUUACAAGUUAUUUGUGGUUAAAAUUUGUUGUAAAAUAGUAUGUAUGUAUGAAUGUACAGACCCAUUCAAUAAAUCAGAAUAUUAUUGAAA